CAACACUGCAUUGGCAGGGUAGGGUGUUCCAAUAAGGGCCACUCUAAAACACUUUGAUAAACUAAGUGAAUUGUUAGAGUCAGCCAAAACGGGUCUGCCACUGUGGAUGCUUGGUUUGGGUGCGGACCUCUUGUGGGCCGACAUGAACCGUCUGCUUGCCUUCCUCUUCCACCAGGGAGUGUUGGAUGAGCAAUUCUUGCAGCUUCAGCAGCUGCAGGAUGAGACCUCCCCAAACUUCGUAUCCGAGGUUGUCAACAUCUAUUUCCAUGAAUCCGAAAAGCUUCUCACCAAUCUCAGAGCUUCGCUCAUGGAGAGGGAGUUUUCGGACUAUAAGAAAAUGGGGAAUCAUUUGAAUCAGUUCAUGGGAAGUAGCUCCAGCAUUGGCGCGAAGAGAGUUAGAAACGUUUGCGUUGCAUUUCGUGCCGCUGCUGAGCAGAAUAACCGUGCUGGCUGCUUGCGAGCGUUGGAGAUGCUGGAGCAUGAGUACUGCUAUCUCAAGAACAAAUUGCAUGAAUUGUUUCAGAUUGAGCAGCAACGUGCUUUGGCUGCAGGAGUUAGAUACCCAGUGCAGGAUUAGCAAAAAGAUGAAAAUUUUGUAGGUGAUUUUGGUUUUGUGUUGUUUUCUUUCUGGUUGGUCUUUCCGGUUUUAGGCAAACCAAAGGAUGAUCAGCUUUUGUACUUGGGUGUGUAGGGAAAAGAAAAAAAGGGAUCACCGACUCUGUUGUUUGGAUUCUCUAGUGUACGUAGUGCCAUCAUGCUUAUGCUUCGCUGUAAGCUGUUCACUUUUUUAGCUAAAGUGGAUCAAAUCUAUUCAAAGUUGGUGCUCUUUCGAUUUUUACUAUUCCUAGAAACUUUUUCUUUGUAUUUUAGCCACAGUAGAGAGAAAUCGAAAUGAAACCAAAAUGUG